ACAAUUGGACUUCAAAAGUUGGAAAAAAUCCUAGUUAAAAUAUCCGCGUUUUAUAUUUCAGAAGGCAUAUUCUUAAGCCAUAGAUUUCGGUACUAGGACCGCCAUCUCUGAGUUAUUGAAGGUUGUAUCUUGUUUCAUCUUCUCAAACCUGUUAAAUUGAAUUAGACAUGAGAAUCCUUCAACAUGCCAUGGCUUUUACAGUUCUACUUCGUCUUCUUACUUUCCUCUCUAUAGGCAUCACUUUAAGCAAUGGCCAGAAUUGUUACGACACAGGAAACUUCACAGCCAACAGUACUUAUGGCAAGAACCGCAACCUUAUCGUCUCAACUCUUGCAGCUAAUGCAUCAACAAAUGGUGGCUUUUAUAAUGCCACAAUUGGCCAAGACGCCAACCAAGUUUAUGCUUCUGCACUUUGCAGAGGUGAUUCUUCUCCAGAAGAUUGUUUCAGCUGUGUCAAUUCCACAUCCCAUAAUCUCAUAACCAAAUGUCCCAACCAAAACGAAGCUAUUGAAUGGAUGGGAUGCGUUGUACGCUAUUCAAACCAGCCUUUUUUUGGAGUACUGCAGCUGGAUCCUAUGACAGCCGGAUAUAAUACGGGUGAUCUCAAUAUGAAUUUGACACGGUUUGAUCCGAUCUGGGAAAGUUUAAUGGAUCGCGUGGCUACAAAAGCCUCUAUGGGCUCUUCUAAGCUCAAAUUCGCCACUGGAGAAGCUAAUUUGACUUUGUUUCAGAAGAUAUACUCCUUUAUGCAGUGUUCUCCAGACUUGUCUCGGAGUAAUUGCGACUAUUGCCUUCGUCAGUCUGUAUCUCAGUACCAGACUUGCUGUCAUGGGAAGCAAGGAGGUUAUGUUAACAGGCCUAACUGCGUUUUUCGUUGGGAUUUGUAUCCCUUUUAUGAUUCAAUUGAAGCUCAAUCUCCGUCUUCAUCUCCUCCAUCUCCUCCACAGAUAACUAUCGCACCUGACAAAGGAGGUAUUGCGCCAGUAGUUGUUGCAAUUAUUGUUGUCUCUAUAAUUAUCACCAUGGCAGUACUUGCUGCUUUCAGUUAUGUCCUUCUAAGGAGAACGAGAAAGGCAAAGGAGAAGAAAAGAAGAAAGCAAGAGUUAGAAGAUGCUGCUGAUGAAAUUGAGCCUGAGGAAUCCCUGCAAUUCGACUUCAGCACUAUCAAAGCUGCAACUGAUAAUUUUUCCAUUGAUAAUAAGCUUGGACAAGGUGGAUUUGGUUCUGUUUACAAGGGAAGACUUCCAAACGGACAGGAGGUAGCUGUCAAAAGGCUGUCCAGAGAUUCAAAACAAGGAGAUCUAAAAUUUAAAAAUGAGGUCCUCCUGAUGGCCAAGCUUCAUCACAGAAAUCUAGUUAGGCUUCUAGGUUUCUGCUUGGAAGAUAAAGAAAGGCUUCUUAUAUAUGAGUUUGUGCCAAAUUCAAGCCUAGAUAACUUUAUAUUUGAUCCGACCAAGCGAUUAUCAUUAGAUUGGGAAAUCCGGUACAAAAUCAUAGGAGGUAUAGCCCGAGGAAUUUUGUACCUUCACGAAGAUUCAAGAUUAAGAAUCAUUCAUCGUGACAUAAAAGCAAGCAAUAUUCUCUUAGAUAAAGAUAUGACUCCAAAAAUUUCAGAUUUUGGAAUGGCAAAGUUAUUCGAAUUCGAUCAAACUCGAGGUGAUACAAGUAAAAUUGUUGGAACCUUUGGGUAUAUGCCUCCUGAAUAUGUGCAUUAUGGACACUUCUCAGUCAAAUCUGAUGUUUUCAGCUUUGGCGUAUUAGUCCUGGAAAUCAUAACUGGCCAAAAGAUCAACAGCUUUUGUGAUGAAAAAGAAGGAGAGGACCUGCUAACUUAUGCAUGGAGAAAUUGGAAAGAGGGGACAGCUUUAAAUAUGAUAGAUCCCACUUUGAGGGGCCAUUUCGGUGGUGAAAUUAUCAGAUGUAUUCAUAUUGGAUUACAGUGUGUUCAAGAAAAUGAAGCUGAUAGACCAACGAUGACUGCAGUUGUUCUCAUGCUUACUAGCAGCUCUGUGUCUAUCUCAGUGCCCUCAAAGCCUGCAUUUUAUAUGAACACAACCGUGAGACGGGAUGAUUCCAGAAUCACUUUGCGUGGUAGAUCGAAAAUCAAUAAUGUCCAAUUUACAGUGAAUGAAGCUUCAAUUACCGAGUUGGAUCCUCGAUAAUAUAUAAUGAUGAUGGAUCUUUCAGCUUGUUCAUAUUCUAUUAUUUUUAGCUUUUGAGUUUCAAUAAUUUCAGAUCCUCUGCUUUUGAUCUUGAAUGAUAUGCAAGUCAUUGAACUGAAGUAUUAAUUCAAGGAAUUUUUAAAGCAUUUAUUCCAA